AAAUUCCCAAAAGUCAGGCCGAGCAAACCGACUAAAGCUUAUUAGGUAUUAGGCUCAAGACCAUCUGAGCCGCUUGAGUUCACCCAUUGAAUUUGGACCGCUGACCAUGUCGUGUCCCAACCGUUGAUGAACCAUGCCCUAAAACUCCCCAAAUCAGAAGAUCUAGUCCCCAUUUUUGCUAUUUUUGAAUUAUGGGCUCCACUUUCCAGAACAGAAAACCUCGGCAGGCCCAUCAUAUGAACGGUUUGGGUUUUUUUUAAUACGACCUGAUCCGAAGGCUAAAAGGAUGUAUUCUAGAUGUGGGCUGCUUGAUGAACUACACCCGUGCAGGCCCGAUGGUCUUAAUACGGGUCCGUUGUCAUGUCGGAUCCUAAAACCCGACAUGUGGUCCAACUGGUACAGUGCUAUUCGUGCCAGGGGUCAUUACUGGACGGUCUUGAUUGAACAUUCGUACGUAUGGGCAGGGAGUCUGGGUCACGGAUGGAAGCUCACUUGAGACAGUCCGAUGAUCCUGCACACGUGCAAACACAAGAUCCACGCCAUUUACCAGAUGGCUGCACAUUCGUUGGUCCAAACAUCAGGACGGUGGGCCUCAAGUGGUUUAAGAAACUAGUCAUGAAUGUCAUGUAAAAUGCGGAUUGCAUCCAAUAGAUGCCAGCAUGCAUGUGUAAGCCACAAAAGAUGAUCAACGGUGGAGAAUUAGCACACGAGGCACAUGCGUGGUGCUUUUAUAUGUAAGGCUCGAUUGAAGAUGGAUGGUGGCACACGUGUAAGGACAGUGAAAAGUUAGCUUUGAGGUUCUUUUCAUUAUGUGGGCGCAAAUGGAUGGUGACACGUGGUGCGUUGGGACAUGUCUGACAAAUUAGAAGAUAGGGACACUGUGUGUGCGGGACAUACCAUGAUGUAUGUGUUUAAUCCAUGCCAUCUAUCCAUUUUUCCAGCUCAUUUUAGGGCAUGAGACCAAAAAUUAGUAAGAUCCAAAUGUAAGGUGGACCACACCACAGGAAAACAGUGUUGAUUGAACGUCUACCAUUAAAACUUUCUAGAGCCCACUGUAAUAUUUAUUUGCCAUCCAACCUGUUGAUAAGGUCGCAUUGACUUGGAUGAAGGGAAAACAAAACUUCUGUGGCCCCUUAAAAAUUUCAAUGGUAAGCAUUCAAUGCUCACUUUUUACUGUGGUGUGGUCCAACUAAGAUUUGGGUCUGCCUCAUUUUCGUCCUCAUGUACUAAAAUGAUCUGACAAAAUGGAUGGACGGCAUGGAUAAAAAUACAUACAUCAUGGUGGGCCCCACAGAGCUUUGAUACCAGCUAGCUAGCUGAUGUUGGGGUCACUGGCCAAACCGCGUCCGGAAGAUAGGGUCCAAAUACUGGGGCCAUGUUCAAUCCGCCUGAUGAUGAGAGGAGAAGACGUGGCACACGUGUUCUACGUUGGCACGUGCACACGACUCUCUCCUUCAGUGUUUCUUUGCGCGAUUCCCCGCCCUCCAAUAAGGUUUAGGGUUUUGGAGAAGCAGAGCAGAGCCGAUCAUGGCUCUCUCUGAGAACAAGAAAUGGCUGGCAUCGACCAUCGUUUUAACAGUCACUGCUGCAAUUUCUGCAGCUGCAGCUUUCUCUGUCUGCAUUUGGAGGAGGAAAUCAAAAGGUUUGGAGUCGAGGAUUCGGGAGCUAGAAAUCUCUAUGAAAGCUUCUUUGAAGAAAUCUAUUGCUGAAAGACAAGGUAGAAUUAGGGCUCAACAGGCUUUGAGGAAAACACUGGAACAACAUGGCUCCGACAAAUCAAAGCCAGCUUCUUUCCCAAUGACACCCAUUGCUACUGUUCAGUCAUGCUUUUCUACCAGAAAUGGAACACCAAGGCAACCUCUAAUUGUACCACUCGCUAGGGCAUGUUUGGUACUUGAUUCGGGCCGGGCUCCUGCAGAAGCACUCGAGGGCCUGGCCGACUACUCUCAUUGUUGGAUCCUUUAUAUCUUCCAUCUGAACACUGACCUGGAGAAGUUGUGGAAGCAACCAUCCAAAUCGAAGCUUAAGGCAAAGGUAAGAGUACCUAAAUUGAAAGGUGGAAAGAUGGGAGUGCUUGCUACAAGAUCUCCGCAUCGACCUUGCCCUAUUGGUCUUACUGUUGCAAAGGUGGAGGCGGUGCAUGGGCGUGUUAUUCUACUUUCUGGUGUGGAUCUAGUUGAUGGCACGUACUUGAUGUCAAACCUUAUCUACCAUAUUCUGACAGCAUUCAAGGAGCAACGGUACCGAAGUGGGUCUGCAACUAAUACAACAUGUCCCAUGCAGGGGGAUAGUUCACUAACUACAGCAUCUGUUAACUUCUCCCCAGAAUUCAAAACCACUCUUGCCAGUUGCUGGGUGACAGCAGAGAAACACUCGUUGUAUGCUUCCCCAGAUGAAUUUCAGAGCUUAAUCAGGCAAGUACUUUCAUGGGAUAUAAGGUCAGUGGCGCAGCGGAAACGUCCCCAUCAUGCUCACUCAAAGGAAGAAAUACAUGUGAAUGAUAAUCCAUCAUCUGUAUCAGAGGACGACGAUGAUGAUGCUGAAUCAGAUGGUGUUUCUAACGGAAACUCAAAUGCUGCCAUGGAUGUAACAUAUCACUUGAUAUUGGAAGGAGUCAAGGUUUCAUACAGAAUCAACAGUAGCUCCAAUGUCAUUGUAGAGAAAGCAACCCUUUGUGAAGACGUAAAAAACGAAGGUGACCGGUGCAAUUACAUGAUGUGGAGAGAUCAGGUCGCAUGCUAGAAAAAGCAGAUGUUUCAUUUUUGUCUGUCACACACUGUUUUCUACGGCAGACCGACAUUCACGGACUGACAUGCAGGAAUUUAUUGGGUACAGGAUAUUAGAUACUGUAGGAGUUUAGCAGGAAUGCCGGAGUUUACCAGAUGAUAUUUUUACACUUGCGAGUGAAUUAUAAAUAAGGAGAGCUCACUUGCAUAUUA